AGGUCACAGCGCCCCCUGCUGUCCCUGCAGUUCGAGGAGGUGGCGGAGAAGGACGACCUCAUGGGGGUGGAGGACACGGCCAGGAAGGGCUUCUUCUCGAAGCCGCCGCUGCGGAGCCGCAACACGGUUUUCACGCUGGGGCAGCGGGGGGCGCUGCUGGGCAGCGCGGAGCUCGAGGCGCCCAUCAUCGUCCCGCACGCGGCGCAGCGCAGCGACGUCCGGUACCCGUUCGAGGCGCUGUUCCGCAGCCAGCACUACGCGCUGGUGGACAACAGCUGCAGGGAAUUCCUUUUCCUCUGCGACUUCUUCGCCGUGUCGGGGGGGGACGCCAUGCAGCUCUAUGGGGCCGUCAUGGGGCGCACCCUCACCAUGUUCCUGGUGGGCAUUUUUGGGGGCAUUUGGGGGCAUUUUGGGGUAUUUUGGGUUCUUUUGGGUUCAUCUUUUGGGGUCAUGACGGGCAGCACCCUCACCAUGUUCCUGGUGGGCAUUUGGGGGAUUUGGGGGGCAUUUUGAGGGCAUUUCGGGGCCUUUUGGGGUCAUCUUUUGGGGUUACAUUGGGUGGGACCCUCUCCAUGUUCCU